GCGGGUCUGCAAAUACGUAUUGUGUCUCGGCCUGCAUAAAGGCUGGAGGUCGAGGAAGCUGGUGCAAGACUCCAACAUGACGAGCGUGACAUUGGUUGUCCUCGCCGCGGCAGUGGCCAGCUCUGCCGCAUUCGACAUUUUGCCGAAGGAGCUGGGCAGUUUCUACUUGGGACACGCCGCGUUCCUAGAGGUCUUCGCCACUGAGCAGUCUACUGAGACUGUCGCAGACCAGUACACGCUCUAUAUCUCCAUCUUCAACCCUGCUACGCUGCUGCAGAAAGAUUAUAUUUACUAUAUAAAUUCUCCUGGAAGUCAGCUUGAUAGUGUUGACAGCUGGGUGCCAACAAGGAUAGAUCAAGAGAACUAUUGGCCAAAUGAUCUCUACUACAUGAACAGUUCAAUAGUGGGCCGCGAGGGAAUAAUUUGGACAUCUGGGUUUCUUGUGCCCACCAAAACCAAAGGUUGUUUGAACAUCUACUUUACUGGUACAGAGCCAUUUGAUGGGCCAUACAACAUUGCUUCCCUAGACGACCAAGACUACUCCUACCAUCGUGUAAUUUGGAAGGAUAUUAAUGGUGAUGGUCUUUUGGAUGCAGUAACAGCUCGUUUCCAUACUGGUCUCCUAGGUAGUGUAACAAAACAGUCGUUGUGGCUUGAGAAUCCUGGUAGUUCUCAGUUAGAGGGAUGGACUCAGCAUAUGGUAAAAGAGGAUGGAGCUGAUAUACAUUUCCAAGUAGAGCAACUGACAGCAGGUGGAACAACUUAUGAUGUCCAGAUCAAUGGAGAGUUCUGGAAUGAAAAACUCACAAUAUAUUAUGGAAAUAACAAUGCAAACUUCUGGGAAGACCCAUCUGAGCUGCAGGAAGUUGUUGUUGAUGAUACAAUUGGUCAACCUUUUGAUGUGUAUUACUGGGAUAUUAAUCUUGAUGGUGUGAAAGAAAUAGUUGUGACAGCCUAUAAUGGCAGCUAUGGAAAUGUGUAUGCUUACACUGUACCAGAAGACUUCAGAACAGGAACAUUUGAAAGACAUACACUUGCAGAUGGGUUUGAGGCCAAUUUCAUUUUGGGAGGUCAGUCUAUGACACCUGGUGCAGCACAUCUGUUUUACAUUUCUGAUGAGCAUGAACAAUCAGGAGAGAAGCCCUAUAUACUUUUGUCUGGUGAUGAUGAUGGGAAUCACUACAUCCUCACUGCAGUAAGCCAAGACGCAAAUGAAUGGAGUUAUCAGAAAAAUAUUUACUUGGAAACAGGUGGUACUACUACAGGCAAGUCUGUUGCAGUUGAUUUGGAUGGCGAUGGCAAGACGGAAAUUAUUGCAGCUGCUUAUUCGGCAGGCAGGGUAUAUGUUUACAGCUAUGGAGAUGUGUAAAUAUUUAUGUCCCUUUGUGUCUUAAAGUCACAUCACUGUCUACAAAAAAAGAUUAGUAGCCAUGGGAAUGGAAAUUAUAGUGUAUUAAUAAAGUGUAUCUAUCUCAUUGAA